AUGGCUGUCAUAGAGGUCGCAGAGCUCGAUCCGAAGAAGCGCGUCCUUCUCGUGAGCACGCACCCCGUGCAGACGACAGGAUACUCGAAGGUCUCUCUGAAUCUCCUCAAGCACCUGGGUAAGAGGGAGGAUCUGGAGAUCGUUCAGUAUGGCUUCCAGAACUUCAAUUCCAUGGAUUCGGAGGACCGGCUCAAGCAGAUCCCUUCGAACGUGCUGGUGUACGAUGCAGCCAAGGCGCUCUCCAAGCCCGACGUGAUCGUCAUCUUCAACGACAGCAUGAUCGUAUCCAAGUUUCUGAUAGAGUUGAAGAAGGAGCCUCGCAUCCUCUCGGACAAGGUGCGCAUCGUGGUGUAUUUGGAUCAGGUAUACCCGACUCAGAGGGUAGAUCUCCUGUCGAUAAUCGUGGAGUCAGCUCAUCACAUCAUAACGUUCACGGACUAUUGGAAGCAGGAACUGCUGAAGCAGAACGUGAGAGUCCCCAUGACGGCCCUCAUGCAUGGGUUUGACGACGAGACCUUCAAGCCCCUCGAUCUGCCCAAGCCCCGCGAGUCGACUAUGCUGGUGCUCAAUCUCAACAGGAAUCAGCCGCGAAAGCGGUUGGACAUCAUGGCCAUGGCGAUGGCGCAGGUAUUCAUAAAGCGACCGGAUGCCAACGUCACCUUCGUGAUAGGCUCGGACGCCAGGACCGGCGCUUGGGACGUCCCAUUCAUUUUCCAGGUAGAGUUGUCUCGGGUUUUCCCACAGGAUCAAGUGCAGUAUUACAUGAACAAGGUGUUGACGCCCAACAACGGUGGGAAGAUGACGGAUAGCGAGGUGAACGAGCUGUACAAUCAGACGGACGUCGGGAUCAACACGUGUUGCGGAGAAGGCGUGGGCCUCAACCAACUCGAGCAUGCCGGAGUUGGGAAGCCUCAGAUAGCCCCUGCGCUCGGGGGCCUGACGGACUUUCUGAAUGCGAAGAAUUCUAUACUGAUAGAGCCAAAGUAUAGAUUGUGGGCGGUGAAUGCGGUGGAGGUCAUGGGCGGGGAACAGAGAUUGGUGGACCCCAGCGACGUCUCUGACGCCAUAUUAAAGUAUCACGAUGAUCCGAAGUUACGCGAGAAACAUGGAGCACAAGCUCGCAAGGACAUGCUCAACCUGAAGUGGGCGGACGUGGCGUCCGAACUCUAUGACUUGCUGUUGUCGUUGUGA